GACAUAUUUGUUUUAACAACUACUUUUCUCCCUUUUGGGGCGGGGAGGCAGCUCUCUGAAGUUAUAAAUUGGAUAUUUAUGGAGUGCCGGUCAACUGGAAAUUAUGGAAAACUAAUGGCUUUUUUCAUGAAGGAAACCAGUAGUGCACUCUGAAGGUGCAGGAUGAAAAGAUGGCAGAGCUGCUUGUACCGCCAGGACCAGACAGCUUCCGCCGCUUCAGUCGCGAGUCCCUCGCCGCCAUCGAAAAGAGGAUCGCCGAGGAAAAUGCCAAAAAGCCGAAAGGAAAGAAGAAAAAGCGCAGCGAUGAGGAUGAACCCAAGCCCAGUUGUGACUUGGAGGCGGGAAAGUCCGUCCCGCUGGUGUACGGGGAGGUCCCCAAGGGAAUGGUCUCUACACCGGUGGAAGACCUGGACCCCUACUACAGUAAUCAAAAAACAUUCAUAGUAAUAAACAAAGGGAAUUUCAUCUUCCGGUUCAACGCUGCUCCUGCCUUGUACCUCCUGAGCCCCUUCAACCCACUUAGAAGAAUAUCGAUUUGGAUUUUGGUUCACUCAUUAUUCAACUUGCUGAUUAUGUGCACUAUCAUCACCAACUGUGUAUUUAUGACACUGAGUCGACCACCCGACUGGGCCAAGAUUGUUGAAUACGCUUUCACUGCAAUCUACACUUUCGAAUCUCUGGUUAAAAUUUUAGCCCGAGGUUUCUGCAUAGGGAAGUUCACCUUUCUGAGGGAUCCAUGGAACUGGCUAGACUUCACUGUCAUUGUCAUGGCGUAUGUAACAGAGUUUGUGAAUCUUGGCAGUUUCUCAGCUCUUCGCACAUUCAGGGUGCUGAGAGCUUUGAAAGCUAUUUCUGUGAUCCCAGGAUUGAAGACCAUCGUCGGCGCCCUGUUCCAGUCAGUAAAGAAACUUUCUGACGUGAUGAUCCUCACUGUCUUCUGCUUGAGCGUCUUUGCCCUCAUAGGGUUGCAACUGUUCAUGGGCCAUUUAAAGCAAAAGUGUGUGUUUAUGCCAAUAAACAAUGAUUCCGCCAUCAAUGAUACAUUUUCCAAUGGCACCUCUGAGAAAGGACCACAUUACAGUGCCCAGGAAGAGGCUUUCAACUGGACAGAGUACUCGCUGGAUAGCAAAAAUUACUAUUACCUCCCAGGCAAACGGGAUCCAUUGCUCUGUGGAAACGGUAGCGAGGCUGGUCAGUGUCCAGAAGGCUUUAUGUGCAUCAAAGUUGGAAAGAACCCAGAUUAUGGCUACACCAGCUUCGACUCAUUUGGGUGGGCCUUCCUUUCUCUCUUUAGGCUCAUGACUCAAGAUUUUUGGGAAAACCUGUACCAGCAGACACUAAGAGCAUCUGGAAAACCCUACAUGGUGUUCUUUGUGCUGGUCAUAUUUCUUGGCUCCUUCUACUUAAUCAACCUGAUAUUGGCUGUGGUGGCGAUGGCAUACGAGGAGCAAAGCCAGGCCACCAUUAAAGAGGCUCAAGAGAAGGAGGAGGAGUUUCAGGCAAUGAUGGAGAGCCUCAAAAAACAUCAAGCUGAUGCUCAGACUGUAGCAGUAGCGUCUGCAGAGCACGGUGAAGUCAGCGACAAUACCGGGGUUGUAGAAAGCUCCUCCGAAACCUCCAAACUGAGUUCCAAAAGUGCCAAAGAGAGAAGCAACAGACGGAGAAAAAGAAAAGAGGAGGGCAAGGUCCCAAAGUCUGAAUCUCAAGAUAGCCUUAAGAAGUCCCGAUGUCGCUUCUCUGUGGAGGACAAUUUGCUCAACAAUGAAAUGAAGUGCUCGUCAGCUCACCAGUCCUUUCUGAGUAUUCACGGACCAUCAUUCUCAUCCAGACGGAACAGCAGGACCAGCGUUUUCAGUUUCCAGAGCCAAUCACGAGAUGCCGGCUCAGAAAAUGAGUUUGCAGAUGAUGAGAACAGCAUUUUUGAGGACAACCGGAGUCGAAGAACCUCUUUGUUUUUUCCCCGGGGGUGUGAUCGCCACGGCAGCAGUAUCAGCCAGUCAAGCUUCUUUCCACAUCCGCUACUUUCACCCUGCAGGAAGAAGCAGAGCACUGUAGACUGCAAUGGAGUAGUCUCCCUAAUGGGUGUCGAUUCAAUCCCUAAUUCUUUGCUUGUAGCUGACACCACCGACACGUAUGGAGGAACAAAUCAGGAUUGUACCGAUUUUCCUGAGGACCCGGCAGCCAGAGACCGAACUUUCAGCGUUGCAAGUGUCAUAACCAGCACAAUUGAAGAGCUGGAGGAAUCUAGACAGAAGUGUCCUACCUGCUGGUACAGUUUUGCAAAUACGUUCCUCAUCUGGGAAUGUUGUCCACUCUGGAUGAUGAUUAAAAAGGUGGCUAAAAUAAUUGUGAUGGAUCCAUUUACUGAUUUAACCAUCACUAUCUGCAUUGUACUCAACACCUUAUUCAUGGCAAUGGAGCACUAUCCAAUGACCGACAAUUUUGCCCGUACGCUGGCUGUAGGUAAUAUGGUAUUCACUGGAAUCUUCACAGCUGAAAUGGUCUUCAAGAUAAUCGCUAUGGAUCUUUACUAUUACUUCCAAGAGGGAUGGAAUAUUUUUGAUGGAAUAAUUGUCAGUUUAAGCUUGAUGGAGCUCUGUUUAUCCAAUGUUGUUGGAAUGUCUGUGUUAAGAUCAUUCAGAUUGCUGCGAGUAUUCAAAUUGGCUAAGUCAUGGCCUACUCUCAACACCCUCAUCAAAAUAAUUGGUAACUCUGUGGGGGCUUUGGGCAACCUGACCCUAGUGCUGGCCAUUAUCGUCUUCAUCUUUGCUGUUGUGGGCAUGCAGUUGUUUGGGAAAAACUACAAGGACUGUGUGUGUAAAAUCAACAGUGACUGCACUCUACCCCGCUGGCACAUGAGUGACUUUUUCCAUUCGUUCCUCAUCGUGUUCCGAGUGCUUUGUGGAGAAUGGAUAGAGACCAUGUGGGACUGCAUGGAGGUGGCUGGAACAACCAUGUGCAUCAUUGUCUACAUGAUGGUCAUGGUUAUUGGAAACCUAGUGGUGCUGAACCUGUUCCUGGCCUUGCUACUGAGUUCUUUCAGUGCAGACAACCUAGCUGCCACCGAGGACGACAGCGACACAAACAACUUGCAGAUUGCCAUUGCACGGAUCCACAAAGGCAUUGCCUUUGUCAAAUCCUUAAUUCAGAGCGCUUGCAAUAGUGUCUGUCUAGGGAACAACGCACAAAACCAGGGUGAGGAAAACUCAUCCCCCGAGGACAUCCAAAGAGCAUCAGGACUGAACGGCAUCCCCAACCACACCAUUAAAGCGCUACCAAGAAACGGAAAUGGGGAUGUGACUGGAGUGGACAAAAGUGGGGACAAGUAUAUUGUAUGCAGCAAGACUGAUGACUCCAUAAUGUCUUUCAUCAACAACCCCAGUUUGACUGUCCAUGUUCCAAUCGCGGUGGGGGAGUCCGACUUUGAAAAUCUCAACACAGAGGACUUCAGCAGUGUCUCAUCUGAUGCAGCAGGAUGCCGUGUGACCAUCGAUGAGGAUGGCCAGCUCAGCACCUCUGAGGGCAGCACGGUGGACUUGGGGGAAAAAGAUGGUGACUCUAUAGACCUUGAAUUGGAGGAAUCAAUGGAACCUGACAACUGCUUUCCUAACGACUGUGUACAGAGAUUCAAGUGCUGCCAAGUAAAUGUUGAGGUGGGCUGGUGGAAAGUAUGGUGGACCAUAAGAAAGACCUGUUUCCGAAUAGUGGAGCACAACUGGUUCGAAAGCUUCAUUAUCUUCAUGAUCCUGCUAAGUAGUGGUGCUCUAGCUUUUGAAGAUGUCUACAUCGAAACCAGGAAGAGCAUUAAAGCAAUGUUGGAGUAUGCAGACAAAAUGUUCACCUACAUCUUCAUCUUAGAAAUGUUACUCAAGUGGGUUGCAUAUGGCUACACCAAAUAUUUCACAAAUGCCUGGUGUUGGCUUGACUUCGUCAUUGUUGCAGUUUCACUGGUGAGUCUGGUAGCCAACGCUAUGGGAUAUGCUGAACUUGGAGCCAUCAAGUCUUUGAGAACCCUGCGGGCUUUGAGGCCCUUGAGAGCCCUUUCCAGGUUUGAGGGCAUGAGGGUGGUUGUCAAUGCUCUGUUGGGUGCAAUUCCCUCCAUCUUCAAUGUGCUGCUUGUGUGCCUGAUCUUCUGGCUCAUCUUCAGCAUCAUGGGUGUGAACUUAUUUGCCGGAAAGUACUAUCGCUGCGUCAACAGAACAUCAGAUGAAAGGUUCCUACCGAGCACAGUGCCAAACAUGACCUACUGUUUGAACAUGGGAAAGAAUGAGUCUCGUUGGAAGAAUUUUAAAGUCAACUUUGAUAAUGUUGGACUGGGUUACCUUGCACUGCUGCAAGUGGCUACAUUCAAGGGCUGGAUGGACAUAAUGUAUGCUGCCGUAGAUUCCCCAAGCAAGCUUGAGGAUCAACCAGCAUAUGAGAUCAACCUGAAGAUGUAUCUGUAUUUUGUUGUUUUCAUCAUAUUCGGCGCCUUCUUCACCCUCAAUCUCUUCAUUGGUGUAAUAAUUGACAAUUUUAAUCAACAGAAGAGAAAGUUUGGAGGCCAAGACAUCUUCAUGACUGAAGAACAGAAGAAAUAUUACAACGCCAUGAAGAAGCUGGGCUCAAAGAAGCCACAAAAACCCAUUCCCAGACCUUCAAACAAGAUUCAAGCUUACAUAUUUGACAUUACUAUGAAGCAAGCAUUUGAUGUUGUGAUCAUGGUUCUAAUAUGGCUUAACAUGGUUGCCAUGAUGGUGGAAACUGAUGAACAGUCAGAAAAAAAGAAAGAAAUUCUCAGCUGGAUCAACGGGAUCUUCAUUUGCGUCUUUACGGGCGAGUGUUUGUUAAAGAUGAUCGCACUCCGGCAGUACUUUUUCACAAAUGGUUGGAAUGUGUUUGAUUUCAUCGUCGUCGUUCUCUCAAUUAUAGGUAUGUCUCUUUCGGAGCUGAUUGAGAAAUAUUUUGUGUCACCUACUUUGUUCAGAGUCAUCCGCCUGGCUCGAAUCGGACGAGUCCUCCGCCUUAUUAAAAGUGCCAAAGGAAUCCGUACCCUCUUGUUUGCCUUGAUGAUGUCACUGCCUGCCUUGUUCAACAUUGGUCUCUUGCUCUUUUUGGUGAUGUUUAUCUAUGCCAUUUUCGGAAUGUCAAACUUUGCUUAUGUGAAGAAGGAAUCGGGCAUCGAUGACCUUUUCAAUUUUGAGACGUUCGGCAACAGCAUGAUCUGCCUGUUUCAGAUCACCACCUCUGCCGGGUGGGACGGCCUGCUGGCUCCUAUUCUUAACAAAUACGAAGACGACUGCGACAAAGAUUUUGAGCACCCUGGCAGUGCUGUCAAAGGAGAUUGUGGUUCUCCUUCUGUGGGCAUUGCUUUCUUUGUGAGCUACAUAAUCAUUUGCUUCCUUAUUGUGAUAAAUAUGUACAUUGCUGUCAUCCUGGAAAACUUUGGUGUAGCCACUGAGGAGAGUGCUGACCCACUCAGUGAGGAUGAUUUUGAAAUGUUUUAUGAGGUUUGGGAAAAGUUUGAUCCAAAAGCAACCCAGUUUAUGGAGUACAACAAGCUUUCUGAAUUUGCCGAUGCCUUGGAUCCACCGUUGCGCAUAGCCAAGCCCAACAGGAUCGAACUGAUCUCUAUGGAUCUUCCUUUGGUGAGUGGCGAACGCAUCCACUGCCUGGACAUACUCUUCGCUUUCACAAAACGGGUUCUUGGUGAGGGUGGGGAGAUGGACAUAUUAAGGGCACAAAUGGAAGAGAGAUUCAUGGCUUCCAACCCUUCCAAAUUGUCUUACGAGCCCAUCACGACCACCCUUCGCCGCAGACAGGAGGACACAUCGGCUGUGAUCAUCCAGAGGGCAUUCAGAGAGCUUUUGAAGAGACAAGCUAUUGAAAGAACCUUGGAAGAAGCCAAAGAUAAUGUUCCAAAAGAUGAAAAGCCAGUUGAUAAAGAAGCUCCAUUCAUGGAUAAACUUAAUGAAGUGUCUGGAUCAGACAUAAAAGAGCCUUCAACCUAUCAACCGUCUGAAAAUGACAAUGCUGAACAGGAUGCCACAGGUAAAGACAACACUGAGCAUGAUUAAUAAGAAUGUCGAGAUGCCUCAAAGACAAUGUAAGUAAUGACAAACUAUUUCGUGGCAUUGGACUCCUUCACAGGGUAUGGUUAUCUAUGCCAAACUGUCUUUAGCGCCUGAGCCUAAAGGUUGGUGCCUAAAAUGGAAGCAUGUCUCAUUCAGAAGCAGUGAAACAUUUUAUAGGAGCGUCACUAGAGCAGAUGGGCAACAUUGUCAAGUGUUCGAAAGGAGACCACAGUUUAUGCUUUACUUUCUAUUGCAGCUAGCUUUGCUAUAGUGUCUUGGAUUUUACCUAUAUCACUGAAUUGCCUACUUAUUUUAAAAGCAUUGUUGUGAUGUCAUUUCUUUUUUAAUCCACAAUUGCCUUUUCAUACACUUUUCUUUUUACAUUUGAAAUAUGUGCUUUGUUCAGGGGAAACAAUUGCUUUUAUGCUAGCUGUGUCUAGAAUACUUGAAAAUUUCAAUGGACAAUGUCAGACCUGCUGCACCUAAGUGUGGAUACACAUGAAUGUUUUUCCCCCCCAGAAUUAAGCAUGAAAGUGCAUUUGUCAUGGAGUAUAAAUUUAUAAGCUGCUCCUUAGUCAUGACAUGGGUCUUUUUGUAAGCACGGUGGGACCUCCAAAGUUGAAGACAAUCCAUUCUGUCACGUUGAUUGACAUCCAAGUCAACAUGAUUCUAUAACAUCUAAUAUAAGGUGAAAGCAACUGUUUUUAAAUCUCACUUUGCAAAUUUUAAGUUGUACAACUUGAAGCAUCAGUCAAUUUGGGAUGUUCCCCUACGUUUACAUAGAUGCAUGUAAACAGAAACACCCCCUCAAUCCAGUGUUUGUCGACAUUUAUUGUUUUAUUGUUAUUACUGUGUUAUUGUUAUUACUGUGUUACU